AUCCAACAUACGGAAAUCGUGAAGUCAUCCGGGACCUUCCCUUGACGUUCCUUCGACGAAUGACGCGUUCAUCCCCGCCGACGCGUACCCCAACCCAUCUCUCCCGCCCUCUCUCUCCGUCAACUGCUAUCUGAACUUCCUCUCCUCUGAAUCAUACAGGUACUUUCAAUUCGAUCCCACCAGAUCCGUGAUAUCAGAGUUCGGAUCUCAUCACCAUGCUCACACAACACCUCUUUGUUGGGUUUCUUCUCAAUCUGUUCCUCCUCUCCCAAGCAAAUCCGGUUCCAAAUUGCCACAAAUCCAACAUUUCCAUGGACCAUUUCGUUUCUGAAUUCGUUAUGGUUCAGCACCAGUUAAGGGGAGUCCUUGAAGUGAUUGAUGGUUGUUCUUUUAGGGUUAGCGAGUUUGAUAUGCUUCCUGGGGCUGAUGUGCACUGGUGGGGUGCACUGGCGGACGAUUUUGGCAAUCUCACGGCCGGUUUUGUCAUUUCCGACGAUAGAUUGAACAGGACUUACAAGAAUGAUACUUUUACUGUGCAUUUAUCGGGCAAUUUGACGUGGGAUCAGAUCGGGGUCGUCGCCGUUUGGGACGUUCCCACCGCAUCAGAUUUUGGGCAUGUGGUUUUAGGAAAACCCAGAAAUGCCUCGGACAGUUCUGCUUCGGGUCAAGCUCCGCCGCCGUCAACAUUUAACGGCAGUUCAGGUGGUGGGGUGGGGAGAAUUUAUGAGCAGCCAACGAUGCUUGAGAAUUGCCUGCCGUUGUCAAAGAAUUACAGGUUGAGGUGGACGGCGAGGGUGGAGGAGGAUUUGAUUGACAUUGGGUUGGAGGCAGUGACGGGCAUCAUGAACUAUUUGGCAUUUGGGUGGGCGGAUCCUAAUUCAUCGCCGGAGCUCAUGCUCCAUUCAGAUGUUGCAGUGACGGGGUUUACGGAAGAAGGUAUGCCAUUUGCAGAUGAUUUUUACAUUACUAAGUAUAGUGAGUGUACAAUAAACAAGGAUGGUUCCGUGCAGGGUGUUUGUCCUGAUACGAUUUAUGAAGGGAAUGAUCCCGUUGGUUUGGUGAACAAUACCAAGUUGGUUUAUGGCCAUAGGAAAGAUGGAGUCUCCUUUAUUAGGUAUCGGAGGCCAUUGAAGUCAGUUGACAAGAAGUAUGAUCUCCCAGUGAAUGCUACUGAUAACAUGACUGUGAUUUGGGCUUUGGGGUUGAUGAGGCCACCGGAUGCUCUUAGGCCAUAUUAUCUUCCCCAAAAUCAUGGGGGCCCUCCCCAUGUAGCAUAUGGGCAUUUGGUCCUUAACGUUUCACAGCAUAUAAAUGAUUGUUUGGGGCCAUUGGAUGCAGAAGACAAGGAAGAUCAAGAUGUUAUCACUGCAGAUGGAAAAAAUCCGCUCAUUGUUAUGACAGGUCAGGCUUUACAUUACCCAAAUCCCCCAAAUCCCCCAAAGGUAUUGUAUAUUAACAAGAAAGAGGCUCCUGUCUUGGUAGUAGAAAGAGGAGUACCUGUGAAGUUUUCAAUACAAGCUGGGCAUGAUGUUGCACUCUACAUUACUUCUGACCUUCUUGGUGGGAAUGCGACUUUAAGAGGUAUGAAUGAGACUAUUUAUGCUGGAGGACCAGAAGCUGAAGGAGUUCAAGCUAGUCCAACAGAAUUGGUUUGGUCACCUGACAGGAACACCCCUGAUCAGGUCUAUUAUCAGUCUUUGUACAAGGAGAAGAUGGGUUGGAGAGUUCAGGUGGUUGAUGGGGGCUUACCUGACAUGUAUAAUAGCAGUGUUGUUCUGGAUGAUCAGCAGGUCACAUUAUUUUGGACACUAGCAGGGGACUCUAUAUCUGUAGCAGCUCGGGCUGAGAAAAAAAGUGGGUAUCUUGCAAUAGGAUUUGGCAGCGGAAUGGUGAAUAGCUUUGCCUAUGUGGGUUGGAUUGAUGAGGUUGGCAGAGGACGGGUGAACACAUACUGGAUUGAUGGAAAGGAUGCAAGCAAUGUGCAUCCAACAAAUGAGAAUUUGACAUAUGUAAGAUGCAAGUCAGAAAAUGACAUCAUCACAUUGGAGUUCACUCGCCCAUUGAAGCCUUCAUGUAGACCAGGUGAUAGACCAGAGUGUAAAAAUAUUAUUGAUCCCACAACUCCUCUUAAAGUCAUUUGGGCAAUGGGUGCUAGGUGGUCAGAUGACCAUUUAAGUGAGAGAAACAUGCAUUCGGUUACAAGCAAUAGGCCUGUUCGUGUGAUGCUGAUGCGUGGUUCUGCAGAGGCAGAGCAAGAUUUGCGACCGGUAUUAGCUGUACAUGGGUUUAUGAUGUUUCUUGCUUGGGGAAUUUUGCUUCCAGGUGGAGUACUAGCAGCCAGGUAUUUAAAACAUGUGAAGGGUGAUGGAUGGUUUCAGAUUCACAUGUACUUGCAGUACUCAGGAUUAUCAAUUGUUCUACUUGGCUUUCUCUUUGCUGUGGCUGAGCUCCGAGGCUUUUAUCUUAGUUCAUUACAUGUUAAGUUUGGAAUUUCUGCUAUUAUUUUGGCUUGCAUACAGCCAUUGAAUGCAUCCUUUAGGCCUAAAAGACCUGGUAAUGGGGAGGUGGUUUCUUCGAGAAGGCUUGUCUGGGAAUAUUUACAUGUUAUUGUUGGCAGAUCCACCAUCAUUGCAGGGAUUGCUGCACUUGUUAGUGGAAUGAAGCAUUUAGGAGACAGAUAUGGUGGGGAAAAUGUUCAGGGACUUAACUGGGCUUUAAUAGUUUGGUUCUUGAUUGGGGCCUUGAUAGUCCUAUAUUUGGAAUAUCGUGAAAAUGUACGGAGAAGGGACAGAAGCUUUGGAAGAAGCAAUUGGGUUUUAGGUAACGUCGAGGAAGAUGAUUCUACUGAUCUGUUGAGCCCAAACAUGACAUUUGCGGAAAAAGAGCCACAUUCAUCUGGAAGAAUGGAAGUUCAGCUAGAACCUUUGGGCAGAUAGACAUGCUUUUAAUUUAUCUUGAUAUAAAGUACAACUGUUUUACAUCAGUUUUGAAAAUUUACUUUUACUCAUACAGAAGAUGAUGAACCUGUGUGUUCACUUGGAAGGUUUCUUGUAGUGAAAGAAUUGUGUUACUGACUACUUGGUAGUGUUGUCCCAACCAUUCAUCAUGGAGAGUAAUUGCCCUACGACAUGUAUUUGUACACUAGAUACAUUUUUUUAACAUAGUGGAACUUCAAAUCAUUCUCUAUGUAUUUUUAAUAUGAAAAAUUUGCUUAUUGUUUGUAUCA